AUGAAAACAAUUCUUUUAUUCCUGUUGGUGUCGCAAGUCUUGGGCCAGUGGACGGAGCGCUGGGUGACAGGAGCAGGACUCUCGGAGCCGCGCUGGGACAAUCGUUCAUUGGAAGAUUAUCGAAGCGCUUUACGCAACCCGAAUGCUACCCGUUCUAUCACCUUGAAGCCUUGGCAAUGGGCGCGUGGGAAUGUUCCACGACUUGAUCGACUAGAAUGGACAUGGCGUGUAAACAUCACAAACAUUGCACUCCCAAGUCUAGCGUCCGUGUUCCCGGAUGUGAGCGACCCGCAUCUUGUUAGCACAACAUACGACUUUUCCUGGACGGGUGGCGGUAAUCUAUCGCAGCCGCUGCAUUGGUCAACAUCCCCUUUCUGCAUCACCACGAUGGCAGCGAACUUUGUUUUUCCUCCAAACGUCACAAACUUGUACAACGAAAGCAACUCAGAUAUGUCCGACUGUGAAGCAAUCAUAGGGAGUGACUGCCGCUCUAAACUCAAUGUUGACGGUAACAACCUCAGAAGUGUAGACCGCUGUGCUGGUCCCCAAACUUUAUGGAGCGAUAUCUCAGAGUGCAACGCCACGUUUGGCUACGCUUCACAGGCCAACCUGGGCGGCACGAACACGGAUUUCGGGCUUUUGACAUUCGACAUAAACCAGCAGCCUAACAACAGCAGCUUGCGGAACGAAAUAAUGCCGAUCUCUAGCGGAGAUGGAUUUUUCCAGCUAGCCUCCGGCAUACUUAAUGGCUCUGACGCUGCAGAGGCAUAUCGCAAUGCCACACAUGGUCUUCAGUUCAUCAUGUUUAACACUUGGAUUGAUAUUGUGAAUGGUCAAAUAAGUAGACCUAACGUCCUCUGCAUGAGAGUCAACGCGACAACAGUUCCUUCUAGCGCUGCCCUAAAAGCAUACACGGUGUGGGGAUUUGGCGUUGUCAUAAUUACUAUUUUUAGUUUGGUUUUCUGA